AUGUCUUCUGUACAGAACACCAUUGCUUCACAGAAUUCUAAUAGCUCUUCGGAUAGAAAUAAUGCAUCGAGUACAAUCGGGCCCAAAAGAAAGGAAAUAUAUCGUUAUGAUGCACCUUGGAACAUAUUUAGCAUGAAUUGGUCCAUUAGAUCGGACAAAAGAUUCCGCUUGGCUAUUGGAAGUUUUAUCGAAGAGUACAACAACAAAGUCCAGGUUAUUACUUUGGAUGAGGAUAAGGGGGAAUUCGUCCCUCUCUGUACCUUUCCUCAUCUUUAUCCAACUUCAAAGAUAAUGUGGAUUCCUGAUCCUAGAAGUUGCUAUCCUGACCUUUUAGCGACUAGCGGGGAUUAUUUACGUGUUUGGUGUAGUCAUGAAAAUAACUAUGUCCGCCUUGAGUGUCUUUUAAAUAACAACAAAAAUUCUGAUUACUGUGCACCACUCACCUCUUUUGAUUGGAACGAGGUUGAUCCCAAUAUAAUUGGAACGUCCAGUAUAGACACGACAUGCACUAUAUGGGGGCUUGAAGUAAGUCAUCUUCAUUAUGUACCGAUUCGUCUUGAUGUAAAAAUUUGCUUUAUGUAA